AUGGCCGCGGUGGCUUGUGUUAAUGGAGUAAAGGGGAACAAGGAUUUUUGGCAUAAACAAAAAUUUCUCUUCGAAAUUGUUUAUCGUAUUGAAGAGCCACUGAUGUUUGAGGAAUAUAUAAAAUUGGGCAAAACUUUCACAUUUGACAAGACUGAUUAUGAGUUCCCUUCCAACUAUAACGGUUAUCUGGAGAAAUACUACGAUGCCUAUAAACAUGGCGUAACAUUACCAAAAGGAGAAUUUUUUGGAGCUGUCGCCUACAAUCAAUUUGAGCAAAUGUAUGGAUUAUUUGAAUUCUUCUAUUAUGCCAAAACAUGGGAAACUUUCCAACGAAAUGUUUGCUGGGCUCGUUUACAUGCCAACGAGGGGAUGUUUGUACAAGCCCUGACACUGACCGUAAUACAUCGAGAUGAUUUCCAAGGCUUGGUGUUGCCUACCAUUUAUGAAAUAUUUCCCCAUCAUUUCUUCAACAGAAAAUUUGUAUACAAUGCCGAAAAAUUUGAUUUCGAUGUGUGGCGAAAAAAUAUUAUGUACGAGAAAAAGUACAAGGAUAUUAUGUACAAGGAUUAUGCCCAGUAUUUCCAACAGUACAACAACUACAAUUAUUUUUAUACCAAAGAUUGGAAAAUGUGGCAAUGGUGGAAGCUGAUGGGCUUGGGAGAAUACUGGUAUGCCGAAGAACGUUUUAUGAUACGCGACAAUGUCGACAAAAAUUCAAAGUAUUUAGAUAUGUUAAAAAAUGUUCGAAUGUUUUGGAUGCCCGUAGAUUAUUCACGAGCGAUUGACCACAAUAACCAGGAAUCGGAUUUAUCCUAUUUUACUGAGGAUUUGGAAUGGAAUUCAUUUUGGUAUUAUUUCAAUAUGGACUAUGCUCCAUUUUUGGACGGCGAAGCUUUUGGUUUGAACAAGGACCGCCGUGGAGAAUAUUAUGUGUAUGUGGUACGUCAAAUAUUGGCUCGUUAUUAUGUGGAACGUUUAUCUCAUGGCUAUGGCGAAAUCCCGGAAUUCUCAUUCUUCGAGGAAAUAAAAACCGGUUAUAAUCCCCAGUUGAUACACAGCAAUGGUGUUGGAUAUUCUUACAGAAAAAACUACUACGAACUUACAACACAUGGCAAUUUUGAUUAUUUGCAUAAAGUUUUGGAUUUUUUCAAACGUGUGGAAGAUAUUGUCACGGAGGGGUAUUACGUGACCAGUGAUGGUGACAAAAUAUCCAUGCGUAAACCAGAAGCUAUUGAAUUACUUGGCAACAUGUUGCAAGGAAAUGUGGAUAAUUACGAUAAAUACUUUGCCACAUUUUGGUAUAUGUUUGCUCACAUGUAUAUUGGCAAUGUUGAUGCCACCAGUGAUCUUAUAUAUCCUAACAUCUUUUUGAAUUAUGAGACAAUGAUGCGAGAUCCAAUGUUUUACAUGUUCUACAAGAAAAUCACAAAUGUAUUUAAUCGCUUUCACCAUUUCAUCGAACCUUAUACCCAUGAAGAAUUGAGUUUACCUGGUGUUACAAUCGAAAAUGCAGAAAUUAGUGAUUUAAUAACUUAUUUCGAUUUGUACGAUUACGAUGUCACAAAUUUGUUAAACGAUAAAAUGAAUUUUGUAAAUGACACAUUUAUAUGGGACACAACGCUGUUGGCACGCCAAAUGCGCCUCAAUCAUAAAGAUUUUGACUUCAAUAUAACCAUAAAUUCGCAAAGAAAUCAAAAUGUGGUAAUACGUGCUUACUAUGGUCCUAAAUAUAAUGAAUUUGGUAAGGUCAUACCCCUGAAUGAGAAUCGUGAAAACUUUAUUGAAAUCGAUGAGUUCUAUUUUGAACUGAAACCAGGAGUUAACACAGUUCAACGCAGUUCGAAAGACUUUUUCUGGCUUACACAGGAUCGCAAGACAUACACAGAACUAUAUAAAUACAUUGUGGCCGCAAUGGAAGAUACCAAUGAAGUACCAAAAUAUUUUGUUGAACCACCAUGUGGAUUUCCGGAUCGCUUGGUGCUGCCACGUGGUUGGAAAGAAGGUAUGCCAAUGCAGUUUUUCUUUUUGGUGUAUCCAUUUAAUGGCAACGACGAAGCCACUUCAUAUUAUGACGCUGCCUAUUAUUGUGGUGCUGGUUCUGGUGUUCGUCGCAUCGAUAAUAAACCCUAUGGCUAUCCGUUUGAUCGUGAAAUUAAUGAGCAUGAAUUCUUUGCACCCAAUAUGUUCUUCAAGGAUGUUAACAUAUAUCAUGAAGAUAUUUUUGAAAAAUAUAGUGAUCAGCAUGAUAAUAAGAAUUAUGGCAAAUUUGAUUAUAGCUAUUAUUAUAAAUAUUGA